GACUGUAAGAAGGAUGGAAGUCACCUCUGCGCCCUUGUAGGACCCGAGGGAGUGUCUGGCUGAGCCCCAGGAAUCCCCCCGGGCGCCUCUAUCCCAGCCUGGCUCUUCUCGCAGGGUCCCAUGGCGGCAGCUGCGUUGAUGGGCCCGGCGCGGGUGUCCGUGAUGUUCAAGGAUGUAGCCGUGACCUUCACACGGGAGGAGUGGGGGCAGCUGGACCUGGCCCAGAGGACCCUGUACCGGGAGGUGAUGCUGGAGACCUGCAGGCUCCUCAUCUCACUGGGACAUCCAGUUCCCAAACCAGAGUUGACCCACCUACUGGAGCACGGGCAGGAACUGUGGAGAGUGAAGAGAGGCCCCUCCCAAAGCACCGGUUCAGGUGAUAGAGCAAAAUUUCAGACCAGAGAGCCCACUGCUUCUAAGCCAAUCUUGUCCAAGGAAGAUUUGCUCCAGAGAAGCCUGACUCAAGGAUCUCCAAAGGACUCCAGGUUGGGGCAAGCCAGGGAUCAGGAAACGCAGAAAGGACAAAUGAGGCCAGGCACAAACCUCCACAAGCAGACCCAUCCUGGGAAAAUGAGCAUUGAACUUGACGGUUGGUUGACAGAGGAGAGUCUGCACUCGAGGGCGUUACAGGAGCGAGUCUCUCCAGGAGACAUUCUCCACAAACUUGACUCACACAGGCCACGUAUGACCCCUGCAGGGAAGAACCCCUACGAAUGCAAAGAAUGCGGGAAAGGUUUUAACAGGAAAUGGAACCUUGUUCGACACCAGCAGGUUCACACUGGAAUGAAGCCCUAUGAAUGCAACGAGUGUGGGAAAGUCUUUAGCCAGAGUUCCACCCUCAUCCGGCACUACUUCAUUCACACAGGGGAGAAGCCAUACAAGUGUGUCGAGUGUGGGAAGGCCUUCAAACGCAGGUCAUACCUCAUGCAGCAUCAUCCCAUUCACACAGGAGAGAAGCCCUAUGAGUGCAGUGAAUGUAGAAUGGCCUUCACUCACCGUUCCACUUUUAUCCGCCAUAAUAGGACCCACACUGGCGAAAAACCCUUUGAGUGCAAAGAGUGUGAGAAAACUUUCAGCAGUCGGGAAUACUUAAUUCAGCACUAUGUCAUCCACACUGGAGAAAAGCCCUAUGAUUGUGCAAAGUGUGGAAAGGCCUUCAGAUGCAGCUCCGAACUCACGCAGCACCUCCGAAUCCACACUGGAGAGAAGCCCUAUGAGUGCGUCCAGUGUGGGAAGGCCUUUCACCGUAGUGCCAACCUCAUCCAACACACUGUCAUCCACACUGGGGAGAUGCCAUAUAAGUGCAUUGAGUGUGGGAAGGCCUUCAGACGCCGGUCACACCUCAUGCAGCACCAUCAGACUCAUUCUUGA